UGUUUGAAGUGAUAGUGUGGUGUAGUUGUGUAUAAUGGCUCUUAGGAUUCGUGUGAAGAGUUUCAUAGACAGGGGCGUUAAUGAGUUGUCCAGGAGGUGUAUGGGACAUUAUCCCAUAGAUGAACAUAUUUUUGGAUUGACUCCUGAACAACAACAGUUGCGGCAAAGUGUGUUUGACUUUGCUCAAAAAGAACUAGCUCCCAAAGCUGCAGAAAUAGACAAAGAAAACAAUUUUAAAGAGCUCAGGGAGUUUUGGAAGAAACUCGGCAAUUUAGGUGUCUUAGGUAUAACCGCAGACCCCGAGUAUGGCGGGACAGGCGGCAAAUACACCGACCACUGUGUCAUUAUGGAGGAGUUAUCAAGAGCUAGUGGCUCCAUAGCCCUGUCCUACGGCGCUCACUCCAACCUGUGCGUCAAUCAGAUCAAUAGGAAUGGAACGCAUGAGCAGAAGAGCAAAUACUUGCCUAAACUGUGUUCAGGCGAGCACAUGGGAGCCUUGGCAAUGUCAGAGCCGGGUUCGGGCAGCGACGUCGUCUCUAUGAAGUUGAGAGCUGAGAAGAAGGGCGACUAUUACUUGCUAAACGGCAACAAGUUCUGGAUCACCAAUGGCCCGGACGCUGAUGUUUUAGUGGUAUACGCAAGAACCGAUUCCACUAGUAAGCCGCAGCAUGGUAUCACAGCGUUUUUGAUAGAAAAAGGUUUCCCGGGUUUCUCCACAGCACAGAAGUUAGACAAACUCGGAAUGCGAGGUUCUAAUACCGGUGAACUCGUGUUUGAAGAUUGUAAGGUACCAGCAUCAAACGUCCUAGGCGAAGUAAACAAAGGCGUUUAUGUGUUAAUGUCAGGUCUAGACUUGGAGAGGCUUGUGUUAGCGGCUGGCCCUGUUGGACUCAUGCAAGCCGCUAUAGACAACGCCUUUGGUUAUGCCCAUACUAGAAAACAGUUUGGAAAACGGAUUGGAGAGUUUCAGUUGUUGCAGGGCAAAAUGGCUGACAUGUACACCACUCUAAGCGCGAGCCGCUCGUACCUAUACAGCGUGUCGCGCGCUUGUGAUGAAGGCCACGUCAAUAGCAAAGACUGCGCUGGUGUCAUACUGUACUGCGCGGAGAAAGCUACACAGGUUGCGCUGGACGCUAUACAGAUUUUAGGAGGUAAUGGCUACAUAAACGAUUACCCAACUGGAAGAAUACUCAGAGAUGCUAAAUUGUAUGAAAUUGGAGCUGGAACUUCAGAGGUCAGAAGAAUGUUGAUUGGAAAAUCACUGAACAAUGAAUACAAAUAAAAAUUACUAUAAUCUUUUUAUAA